GUUGGAUACGACCAGCUUGUAGUAACACGAGUUCAACCACUUGAGGUUGGGAUCUUGGUGGUACAUUUUACAAAACAACAACAACAACAACAACGUGAACACUCUUUUGAGUCAGCAUACGCUCUAGUCCAUCGACCACUUCAUUGUCAGAACUUCAAUCAGCCCUUUCCAAGACAAAGAAAAAUAUGUUAGAACAGUUCCAGUUCAUAGCCGUCGUCUCAAUGUUAAUGUGGAUGCUGACGUCAUCAACGUUGGUGCCGUUAAGGAAGAGGAAGGACUGUGCCCUGAGAUGUGUCUGUUAUCGGUCAGAGAUUAAGUUUAGACAUAAACAUAUUGUUACAAUGCGCUGCAAAAACUUGGACUUAAGACAGGACCCUUUACCAUUACCUCCAACAGAGUCCAAGGAAACGCCCACAGCCUUGUAUUUGGAGAAUGGCACUUUUCCCGAUGUCCUAAACACUACUCUAUCUGUGUAUUCUCCAUAUAGAAUCGUUACUCUUAGUCUGAGACGGAACGCCAUCGAACACGUCGCCAAGGGCGCCUUUGCUAAUUUGGGUGAUUUGGAAACGCUUGACCUCUCAGAAAACUUCAUAAAUGAAGCCAUUUUAAAGGAAUCGUUCUGUGGAAUGGCCAAGACUCCAAUGACGACAUUGAAUAUCAGUUCCAUGAGUCUUCAAAAUGUUUCUGAUGACUUUUUUAAACAUUUCGAAAAUAUUUCUGAUUUCGAACUUAUUUUUCGGGACAAUACAAAUCGGUUCCCGAAAACUGCACUUAUGCGACUGAAUCUCAUGACCUCGCUUGAUUUUGGGGGAAACAAUUUAACAUAUAUAAAUCUUCACAACACUAGUUUUACAUAUUUGACAUAUCUAAAUCUUGAUAACAAUCGCUUUUAUCGCUUUCCCGAUUUCUGUUUCCAAGAAAGCAGGAGUUCACGUUUCCCGAACCUUAAAAUCCUAAAAAUUCAGUGGAAUGAUAUGAGACAUAUACACCAAGCUCAUUACAACUGUCUUACUACUCUCCAAAAUUUGUACUUAAAUGGUAACCUGUUCCCAGAACUAAGAUCCAAUCAGUUUUCGAUGCUUCCAAACAUUUACAAGAUCACCCUUUCCUACGUAGGAUGUGCAAUGCAUACUAUUGAACGAGCCGUGUUCAAUAAUUCGGCAUUGAAACAAAUAUAUUUUCGGAGUAAUCAUAAAUGGUUUCAUAAGGGGAAGAUAUCUAAAGAAACUGACUUACGUCUAUUUGAAGGGUGUUCAUCCUUAGAAUUAUUGAAUCUUAAUGAUAAUAUUUUCCGAAUCACCACAGAAGAUGAUUUCAAUAUAUUGCUUGGAGGUCUUACUUCUCUGCAGGUUUUAGUCAUGGGAGGUAAUUAUCUACCGUAUAUACCCCGUGUUAUAACUGAAAAAUUAACCAAAAUUGAAAGUCUUGCUCUGUAUGGAAAUAUCAUAUCAGAUUUAAAGCCAUUACAAAAUAUGACAAGUUUGAAAAGGUUGUUCAUGGGAAGCAAUGAAAUAGCAACCAUAGAUGAAUCAAUUUUUCAACCCUUAAGAAGGAAUUUAACGGAAAUUUAUCUCCCGAUGAAUCCGUUUUCUUGUACAUGCAACAUAUAUUGGUUAGUUGAAUGGAUGCGCAAUGAACCCGAAAAAUUUGGUUUUAUAAAGUAUCCAGAAUCUAAGCGUAGCUACACCUGUUCAAGCCCAUCGAACCAGAAAGGACGAAACUUGCUUGAUUUGGAAAUGUCGAAAAUUUCGUGUUUAUUGGAUAUGGGGGUGAAAAUUGCAACCCUCACCUUGAGUAUUCUGCUCAUGGUGUUUUUAGUAGUCGGGGCAGUGAUAUAUCGUUACCGUUGGCACAUCCGAUACUUCAUCUACAUGGUCAGAUACAGUCAACGUCAGGAGGUGGACACCGUCGACUACGAAUACGACGCAUUUGUGGCCUACUCUUCACCUGAUCGACCCUGGGUAAUUAAAACUCUCCUUCCAGUUCUUGAAGGCAAGGAAAGCCUGAAACUUUGUGUUCACGACAGAGACUUCGAGGUUGGUAAAUUAAUCGUCGAUAACAUUGUGGAUUCAAUUCAAGAAAGCCGCAAAAUUAUCAUUGUCCUGUCGAAUGAGUUUGCCCAGAGUGGAUGGUGCCAGUUUGAACUCAAUCUCAUCCAGCGACACGUACUGGAGAAUGGUCAGCGCCUCCUGGUGGUCGUCAUGCUGGAGGAGAUAGACACACGUCACGUGACCAAAGCUAUGAGAGCCAUGUUGCAGACAACAACCUACCUGAUGUGGGGAGACGAAGAUUAUGCUAGGAAAGCCUUCUUCAACAGACUGAGGAUGUUACUUCGCAAAGUGACCAAACGUAGACGAGCAAGGACAUUGUCAGUCUAGUCUACAUGUUUCUAAAUAUCAUUCAAUCACCUUUAUUCAAAGGCGGUCAUUCGGUUGACAAAAACCUGUGUUUUAGACUUGGUGGAAGUGUUCUUCCGACAGUGAGUAACACCAUAUAUGCUGGAUCCCAGUAAGUAAUAAACAACAAGCAGAACGAACAGAACGUUCCUGUGCAAAAGCCAGAAAACUGCUAUAUUCACUCAAGGACGUCGGCUUAAAGGCUGGUUUUAUACGUCCUAUAGGAUGUGUCAAAAUUUGGCGUAGAGUUAUACUUCCUUGUGCAUUCUAUGCCUGUGAAUUAUGGACAAACAUCACGGAAACAGAAUAUAGCAUCACGGAGCGAGUUCAACGGUUAUUUGCUCGUAUUGCUCAAAACUUCCAUAAGCGGUCAUCUACUUCAGCAACUGUUCAAAGCUUGGGUCUCUGGUCAGUGCAUGGAGCCAUCGACAGACUCAAACUCAUGCUGGAAGCUGGAAGCACCCACAAGAGAGUACUCCUGUAUAGAAUAGGACAGUUUAUUACUGAUAACACGUGUGAUGUGUGGUUAACCCAUGAUCUUCUGAAAAUUGUUCUAAAAUACAAUCUCUGGUCGCAUGUGAAUGAAUUUAUGAAGACUGGUAAUUUUCCGUGCAAACUGGAAUGGAGUAGAACUAUAAAUAGAAAAGUAGCCGACGCAGAAUAUUAUAACUGGCAAAUGCCACUCACUCAGACACCAGAAAUGAGCCGUUUUGCCAACAUUCAUGGUGCUCUAGCCCCACGUCGACUGCGGGGAAUGUGUGCACUGUACCCAAUCUCAACCAGACCUAUGUACAAUGUAGUUAAACUUGGUGUAUUACCUGUUGUAGGUGGGAUGUGCCUACUGUGUGACACCGAGUGACACCGAGUAGAAACAUUCCUACAACACUGAAGCACUUUUUCAUUGCAAAUGCUAGUUCUAGAUAACCGAUUAAUUCUUAGGCACUAUCCAGGGAUAUGUAUUUAUGCACAUUGCGUCGUGCGCUCCUCAAGUUUUAUGUCUUUCGUGUACAAACAAAUAUUUCUUUUCUAUGUUUCGACACACAUGUGUAGAUCACCAGUCUUUGUCUUGUUUCAUUCAUGUUUGCGUGUUAGAUCUGUAUAUGCAGGUUAGAUUCCCGUUCAGUAGCCUAGAUUCUAGUAACUUAGUCACAAAAACAGUUCCGAGAGUUUAUACAAUCA